UUGUGCGUCUUGUUGGGCUGCAACAACGUGUGUUGGAUCCCGGCCAUCGGUGGGGGCGGGGCCCGGGCACACGAUGCCGGGCUCCAUGGCAACGGGGACGCGGACGGACGCGGAGCUGGAGGAGAGAGAGAAGAUAUCUUUCACGGUAUUGUGCUGUUGGAUGUAACAACUGCUACUCUUUAACUUUGAAAUAUUUAAUUUGCUACAUCAUGAAUCCCAAUAAUUUCAUUGUGGUACCGGCCAACAAAACUCUCACUUCUGUUAAGUUAAAAGCAAGGAAUCUUCGAGAACUACGAUUAGAAACAGCUCAGCUGGAACUGGACAGUGAUGUGAUGGAACAAAGAUUGCUGCAACUUCGGCAAACCAUGAGUCGGGAAAAGGAGGAAAGGGAACGAGCCGGGCCUCAUCAUUGGAGAUCGGGACAGACAGGGAACCUGACAAAUCAUGCGCAGAAUGUCCUGAAGAGUAAAGACAACUGUAAUCGAAAGAUAACUUCAGGAAAGACAAAAAUCAAAGUACUGAAGGACCAGCGUGAAGAGCCUCACAGACGUGUAUCCUCCAGUGUCCCGGUCAGUGUAGCCGAGCGGCCAAAGGUCAAGGAGAAAGUAUGUGGACAGUGUGAGAUCAGGUAUCCCCAACUGGUUUGUGUGGAGUGUGGAGAAAAUUAUUGUUCCAGUUGCUUUGCUAAGUUCCAUCACAAGGGGGCGCUGAAGCUUCACAGGUUCUUCCCAUUCCAGACUGAGAAACAAAAACCUCCAUUGAACAAUUCAUUGCAUUCAGUCAGCCAAUUUAAAAAACAAAUUGAAUCUGAUGAGUCUCCUGUGAAUCGAAAGCUGUUUCCAAAGAAACCUUUUUCAGGACAAAAACUUUCAUCUAAGAUAACGCCACAACAAAAUGCUGAGAUUCUUACCUUUGAUGAUGAAGUUGGUAAACCAGCUUUGAGUGCACGAAACAGCAGUGCAGAGGCCCGCAAAGGUGGAUCGCUGCUAAGUGGCAACUUUGAUGAAGAACAGUCGGCGAAUGCAUUCCAAGAUGCACUCAAGGAAUGGAGGCAAAGAAAACCUGGCCAAGCUCCAUUGCCACCGAAAACAUGUUCAGUUUCCACAGGGACAUCACAAACAGAAGACAGCAUGCAAAAUUCAGAACCAAAGGAGAUACAGUUGACAGAGCACGAUGCAACCUAUUUGGAGAAGUUGCAGCUGAAGACCAACAGAAGAACUCCAGAACUAUCAUUUCCGGUUGAAGACAUGGAUAGCCGAAGUAAUUCUACAUUCUCAUCUUGUGAAGAGAAGAACGAGGAAAAUGAUGAAGAACUUCUACUGACUGCUGAGGAGAUUGAGGAGCAUGAAAGCUACGUUGCGCUUUUUAAAGUCGACGAGGUAUCUGAAGACGCUGAGCCGGUGCAGCCAGUGCAGUCAGCUUUGAGAUUCACCGAAUUGGAUGCUACCACCGAUGAAAUAAUAGAAGAAAGUCGCAACUAUUUGGUGGAAGAAGCAGAGUGCAGCGUAGAAGAAAGCCAUUCAAGAAUUAAUAGAAACUUACCGAACCCGGAGAGCUGGUUGGUGCAGCGAGAUUCCACGAUAUCAAGAAAUACUAAUACUUCAUCAGAUCAAGGUUCAAAUCAAUAUGAUCCACCGGUCCUUAGUUGCCCUGACAAUGUAAAAAGGGAAAUAAAACUCUCAUUAUUUCCCGACACAAGUCUAGACACUCUUGGAGAUUCCUCGGGAGUUGUCCAGGAAGAUUCACUUUCAAGCCGCAAGCCAUCUCCUCCUCAGAUUGGACUGGCUAUGGACACCCAUUGUGAUGAAAGACCAACUCCCUUCGCCAUUCACUCUGGUAAAGGCUGGGUGGGGAGGCCCAGGUGUGCAGGCCGAAUCCUGGAUAAAGCCAGCGCUGGCAAUUCUCAGCUGCCACCCCAGAGAACUUCAACGUUUACCGAUAUUCCUAGUGAAGAUCCCGUUCCUGCUUCUGAAGAAUUUGACCAAGGGGACAGUUCGGAAGACAACACGAACAACGGUCUCACUGCCCAACUAUCUAAUGAAUUACAAAAGAUUGCUGGUGGUCAGGAUGUUGACAAUGGCAGGUACUUGGGCAUGGAAGGUUUUUUCACUCUGUACCUAGAUCCCGAUCAAAUUGCCACAACACCCUACAUUAAACGAACAGCCGAUGACAAGGAGGAAACAGCGGUAACAGCGGUAACACUGAUCAAAGAAAAUGGUGAAUGGCAACCAGACAUCAGCUUCUGUGGAUAUGCUGACGACUCCAUUGUUAGCGAUGUGAUUGAUGAUAUUCGGGCCAGACCUCCUAGCAGCUUUGGAAGAUGGAUGACAUCAAAAUCAACUGCAGCGACUCUGGGCUGCGCUGAGAGGGUCAUGUCCCCCUCAGCAAGAGAAUCGCCGCGCACUGAGAAUGGGUGCCUCCUUCCCCAGACACGGCAGGGUAUUUCCCAGCUGCCUUCCGCCGUGACAUUGCCACAGUCCAGAGCUGCAGAUGACAAGUCCGAGCCCGACGUUGAUCACAGCGACUCCAGUUUCGAAAAUGAAGCCGAUGAGCAAGCCUUGAUUGAAUUGGAAAGAGAGUUGCUGAUGACCAACAGAGGAGGUGCACAAAGAUUGGACACAGUGCUUUCUUGUGAGCUGUCAAUGUCGUCUGGGCUCUUACCUGUAAAGGACAAUCCAUUGAUGAAAAGGGACACUGAACAAUCCCAGUUGACGUUUGAUUCCCUGACAACAGAAGCCGACGAAGGUCACACAGAUGACGAGGCGGAAGAGGCACAAGACAAACAAAACGUGCUACUGUUAUUCUAACAGCUCGUCAGAACAGAAAAAAUACCCGUUAAAAUGUAAUCCCAGAUCACCAAGCAGCAGGUUCUGAAAAACUAUAUCCGAUACAAUGUUUGAUUUGUGAUAUUAAGGACGAUUGGAGAAGAUUGUGUUUUGAUAAUGAUUCUGGCAAAAUGUUGUAAAAUGUAAAUAAAAUCUCAAGGUAAUUUGAUGCAUUUCCUGUAACCCAUUCCAUUAUUUGUACGUCAGCCAUG